AACACAGACCCACGUGCCAUCUCCAUAGCAGACGACGCAAAUCACCGAACGCCGGACAAGUAAACUCGAAGAGUCCAUCAAGAUCAAUGUUGUUGAAAAUAGACAACAUUUUAUCGUUGUUUGGUAACAGAAACUGUAUUGUUUAACCAACGAUAUCCUAUAUUAGACUGUCAUGGCUCGUACUAAACAAGCCCCCAAACUGAAGUUUGAAAACAGCCAGUCAUCCCUUCGGAAGUUACUAGUUACAAAGAGAAACCGUAAUGCAGUACAUAAUCAAUCAACACAAGUAAAAACUGGUGGAAUUAAGACGCCCAGACGAUGGAGAGCUGGUACAAAGGCUCUCAAGGAAAUCAGAAUGUACCAGAGAAGCACAGCUUUGGUAAUUAAGAAACUCCCCUUCCAAAGACUGGUAAAGGGUAUUGCUGCCAAAAUCCAGUUGGGGCUGAGGAUGCAGACGCCAGCUCUGCUAGCACUUCAGGAAGCCACUGAAGCAUUUAUGGUGGGUUUAUUCAUGGAUGUCAAUCUUUGUGCCAUUCAUGCUAAGAGAGUGACCAUCAUGCCACAAGAUGUGAAACUGGCUCUGCGCAUUAGAGGAGGACCAAACAGGAAGCUUUAGCUGGUCAUAAGAUGAUCUGUUCUUUAUUCACAAGUGUAUGUAUAUUCCUUGGGUUGCAACCAUUUGGAAGGUCACAAUGUGAUGUGUGUCUUGGUACACUGGUCAUGACAUGUUAUGUAUUUCAAUUUGCAAAUUUAAGAACACCAAGACUAUGAAUUGAUCUACUUACAAGUGUAUUCAUACACAGCUAUGUAUCAUAGUUUUAGUGUAUCAUAUCUGGAUUACAUAUUGUUAUUGCAGACUGUGUUUUGUGUGUGUUGCAUCUAAGAAUCUGCAAAAACAAAAGGUUCAACAUGCUGAAAACAAAGACGUGACUUACGUCAUGAUGCUCAUGAACUGAGCUAUUCUGUCCUUUUUACAUAAUGAAGUAAUUAUAAUAUGAAAGAAUUCAUGCUCAUGAUGAGUCAUGUUACAAACAUACCGGUAUAUUAAUAUGGUCUUAUGAAGAACAUUUUAUUGUUUUCAACAUCUCCAUAUAAGUGGAUAUAUAGCCAUAGUGACUGUAAUUGGUACUUAAUUGAUUGCUGUUUUUUGUGUGUUGGUUACUUAACGAGAUCAAUAGAUUAACAGAUUGCUGUUUUUGUGUGUUUUUUACUAUAUAUGUUAUAUGAUUCUUAGAGAUUCUAUACUUAAAACUAUGAUGAAUCAAUAGAGGUGCUUAACACACU